CUUGUACUUGCUAUAUUUAAGGCCUAUUCAACGACAAACAACUCAGGCUUAUGGAUAGGCAAAGCAAAUAAUACUUUAUGCAAAGGAAAGAAAUACUAAAAAAAUACAAACUUGAGGUUGUUGUUGAAACAACAGAAGGAUUUGAUAUUUUCAUGUCUUUUAGUGUUAUUUCAUUUAUUUCUUAUUGAUCUGCCCAGAUUCUAUUUUCACUUACUUAUUGUCCCUCUCUCUCUCUUUUCUUUUUAAGGUUGAGAUUUUGAGAGAGAUAGAGUAGCAAAGGGAACUCGUUCUGUAUAAAUAAAGAAAUUCGUUAUCUGGGUUUUCAAUGGCGAGUUGGGUUAUAUCAGAAUGUGGCUUAAAGCCUCUUUCUCAACCUCAAAAAUUUUCCAGAACCAGAACUGGUGUUGUCUCUAACAGCAAUUUUUCAAAGCCUAGGUUUUUACACAUAAGCAAGAGUACUAAUGCUGCUACAGAUCUAAAAAAGCUUCCUUUUGUUAGUUUUUCUAGAGAGAAAACUUGGGGUGCUAAAGUGAGUGCUCCAUAUAGAAGUGCAUCAAUAGAAGAUGAGGAAGAAAAGAAUGGCAGUAUUGGAAUUGAAAAAGAAGAAGCUGAAUUUGACCCGGGUGCACCACCUCCAUUCAAAUUGUCUGAUAUUAGAGCUGCUAUACCAAAGCAUUGCUGGAUUAAGAAUUCAUGGAGGUCAAUGAGUUAUGUUGUUAGGGAUGUUGCUGUUGUUUUUGGUUUAGCUGCUGCUGCUGCUUAUCUCAAUAAUUGGGUUGUUUGGCCUUUGUAUUGGGCUGCUCAAGGAACCAUGUUUUGGGCUUUGUUUGUUCUUGGCCAUGAUUGUGGGCAUGGAAGCUUUUCAAAUAAUAAUAAGUUAAAUAGUGUUGUUGGACAUCUUCUUCAUUCUUCAAUUCUUGUACCUUAUCAUGGAUGGAGAAUCAGUCACAGGACUCACCAUCAAAACCAUGGACAUGUUGAGAAUGAUGAAUCAUGGCAUCCGUUGUCUGAGAAAAUCUUUAGGAAUUUGGAUGGCAUUACCAGGACACUGCGUUUCAGUCUACCUUUCCCAAUGCUUGCAUAUCCUUUCUAUCUUUGGAGCAGAAGCCCUGGAAAAACUGGCUCUCACUUCCAUCCGGACAGUGACCUGUUUGUGAAGAAUGAGAGGAAGGAUGUGAUUACUUCCACCGUAUGCUGGACAGCCAUGGUUGCUUUGCUUGUGGGUUUAUCUUUUGUAAUGGGUCCUAUACAGUUGCUUAAGCUCUAUGGAAUUCCAUACUGGGUUUUUGUUAUGUGGCUGGACUCUGUGACAUACAUGCAUCACCAUGGUCAUGAAGAUAAACUUCCUUGGUACCGUGGAAAAGAAUGGAGUUAUCUGAGAGGAGGGCUUACGACACUUGAUCGUGACUAUGGCUGGAUUAAUAACAUCCAUCAUGAUAUAGGGACCCAUGUCAUUCACCACCUCUUCCCCCAAAUCCCACAUUAUCACUUAAUUGAGGCAACUGAAGCAGCCAAACCCGUGCUCGGAAAGUACUACCGGGAGCCAAAGAAAUCAGGACUUUUACCUUUUCACCUAAUUGAAGAUUUAAUAAGAAGCUUGAAGAAAGACCACUACGUUAGCGACACUGGGGAUGUUUUGUACUAUCAAACUGAUCCUCAACUUAGUGGCACUUCAUCAGAGUAAAACUCAUAUGUCCUUCCUGAACUGUGUUGAAAACAGGGCUUUCUGGUUCUCCAUAGAAUGUCUCUUUGCUUAACUUCAACAAGUCGUCCGGGAUGUGUUUCGGUAGCAUGAUCAGGCGCACUUGGUAUAAAUUAUUUUCCAACGUACUCGUCCUGGGAAAAUAAUUUUCUUAUAGAUGUCUGUUAGAGAUCAUUGUUGGUAGGGAAUUUAUGCCUCCAUAAGAUCAUUGAGGCUGUCUUUUUAGUCAAGGCAGGGAUAUAUAUAUAAUAUGUAGGAUAGUGUGCAUAGUAAUGCUGUAAUUCUUGAAGAGGAAGUCCUAAUUUCUUCAGCAAAUUACAUUAUAUAUUGGUCAAUUGAUUCAUAAUUGAAAAGAACUAAAUUGAUUCA